CUGGUUGAACGGUCCAUACCUCAUGGUCUUCUCAAUGCCGAGAACGCCGAAUCCGAGUCCGAGAUAGUCGCCCGCGGAGGUGAACUCGAAGCAGUCACAAUCUCGACAGGCAUGGCUGGCCGGGGCACCGAUUUCGUCGUCGACCACGAGGUGGAUUCGAUGGUAAUCAAGAGAACCGUCACACUUGCGCGGAGAAUGUUGGAACGAGGUCGGUCCGCAACAUUUGUAUGCCCUUCCCACGAAGAAUCCGAGGCGCUAUUGCAUGCCUUGAACGAGGUCGAAGGCAUCGAAGCGCAAGUGCGGAACUCCACGUCCAUGAACGAAGUCGUAGUCAGCCCCCUCCGGUCUGGUCCGACGACCGAGCAACGAUUGUCGUUUGGACUAGGGCUGGUGGUCAUCAUCACUUCGCUCCCAAGCUCCGCAAGGGUAGAACGGCAGACACAGGGAAGAACCGGACGGCAGGGAGCUUUCGGAGCCUCUAAAGUUGCUGUGUACAUCAACGACCCUGCCCUGGCGUUCUCCAGGCGCCAGGGAGACAUCGCCAAAUUGAGCAGAACUGCAAGGGGAACUGUCGUAGGUCCUGAAGUCGGCCAAAUACUGCGACAGGUCCAGGCCGACGCGGAAACGCAGAGCGAGGCAGUUACACGGGCACUGUCCCAGUACGAGGCACUCGUGGAAAGCGAAUCGCGAGCCCACUACGCUACCCGUGUGGAAAUGAUGGGUUCCCACCAACUGCCUGCCUCACCAACUAGAAUGAUCUCCGAUUGGGUCAUGCGCAGGACAAACUGA